AAAGAAAAAAAUUAUGUAUUAAUUAUUUAUUAUCAAAUGGUAUGCACUCCCAGACUCCAUAAUCUCCUCGAUUGAAAUUUGUUAAUUAAUCCUGCUACGAAAAUAUUUCUAAAAUAAUCCCACAAUACUGCAAAAGUAGUGGUCUUCAACGAGACUUGAAGAGAAUAUUCACCAAUUGUCCAAGUUUUAACACACACCGGAUACUGCGAACGAGUGGUCUUUAAUGAGACGUGAAGAGAAACGAAAAAGAUUCCAUGAGGCUGUUCUUAGAACACUCUAUCCACCGCCAUCUCCACCGGAAUCUGAGGAGGAAGAGGAAAAGAAACAGCUGAUCACAUCACAGAGGGCUGUCGACUUCGGGCCCGGAAACCCAGAUGAUUCUGAGGAGGACAAGUGUAGUUCCCCAAAGACUGCCGACGAAGAUGACGGAAGUCAAUCUGAGACUCAGAAGCUGAGUAGAGCUCAAAGGAAAAGACUUCGAAAGAAAAAGCUCAAAGAAGAUGCUUUUCGUCGUGGGAAGAUAAUUGGGCCUUUGUUACCGUCAUCUAAAAAAGAUGGAGUGGGUUCAUUGCAAUGUGAGCCUGAAGGUAUUCGAGAAAAUGCUCGACAGGAACAAGUUGCUUCAAGUGACAAACCUGGCGAUCAGCAGGAAGGUGAUUGUAGUACCAAGAAGAAGCUGAAACAGAGGUUGAUAGCUAAAAGGUUGGCUAAGGAGGGGCUGAAAUCCACUGAAGGUGAGCAUUCUGGUCAAGACAAAGAGCACCAAGUAAUCUAGUCAAAGAGAAUUGCCAUCAAGCUUAAUAAUUUAAGUCCUUUAACAUGGGUUCUUGUUGUGAAGACUCGGGUAGUUCCACCAGUUAGAACUCCGAUGUAGUUGAAGAAUAAUAGAUUCAUGAACUUGAAAAUACCAAUGAAAUAUAGAUUCAUUGGUCAAGAAUCUAGAAAACAACCAUGCCUGCAAAUGCAAUAGAUUCAUUUUGGAGCCUAAUGUAUUAUCUUUGCUUUGCUUUAUUAGUAAAAUGGGGAAAAGAGCUGAUAGAAACAA